CAGCGACGUGAGAGACUGAUCAAGAACUACAGGAAAUGUUUGGUUGAAGUCAUUGCAGCUAAAGGUGGCACAACCAGUUAAUGAGUGUAAGGGGGCAAUUACCUUUUCACAGAGGGGCAUUCAGUGUUGCAGCAUAAUUUUGUUCAUGAAAUAAGUAAGUAAUUGUUGUUAUUUGUUCACUCAGGUUCCCUUUAUCGUGUAUUAGGUUUUGGUUGAAGACCUGAUAACCUUCAGUAAAAUUGGAAAGGGGGCAAAUACUUUUUCACAGCACUGUAUGUAGUAGUAUAAUAUUAAUUGUUAAAAUAAGAACUCAGUUUUUAAUUACUACCCAUUCUUAUUCUAUGGUUCUCAUAACCCUGUUUUGGCAUGGAAUUAAGAAUGAGAAUCCUAAUUAAAUAGUAUUUUUAAUAGGAUCUCUGUUUUUUGGUGUCUGUCGAAUACAGAGAUGAACAUGUUGUACAGUAUACUCAGACAUUCUGCAGAAUGAACCAACACUUUUCAAGUGAAUUAAAUAAAAACUGACCAAGAUUGAGAUGGUGAGGGACUUUGCAGUUGUAAAUGUGAACCAUCAGAAAUAUAUUUACACAAUGAUUGUUUGUGCCUGCAAAUGUAGUUUAUGAUGGUUUUAGAAAUCUGGUAUAACAUCUCUAGUGCUACUAAUGUCUAAAAUUGAAAUGAUUCAUGUUGCAUGUCUUACCUGGGUCAGUUUUUCCUCACUGACUUACAGUAUGAUACAAUAACACUUAACACUUUAAAAACAAUGAUUAAUUUGAUAUAGACAAUAACACAGUGCAAUGAUGCCUUGCUGAGAUGUUUAUCAAAUCUACUGGUACUAGUUGACAGUAUAGCUUACCAGACCAUCUUUGUAAUGCAGCCUUGAUUAACUCAAUGUGAUGAGAUAUUGCCUGGUAAUGUUACCUGCCAGUUAUAGAGUAGGUAUAAAUGCCCUUGGAUUUACAAUUAAUUCAUACAUAUUUUCUUGGUAGUGUUAGUGGAGGGGGUGGGGACACCAAUUUUUAUUUAAGAUGUCUAGAUGUAUCUUUUGCAAAACCUAAUAGACAUUUUUCAUGAAACAAUUCAUUUGCCACUGUCAUGGUCUGCCCAAUGUAAGACACAUCUAUUUUUUAUGCUCCAAGACAAGAUCUUAUGUAAGCAUGUUUUAUUGAAAGACCAUGCGCAGUCAUUGCAGAUUGUAGUGCCUGAGGGACAUUUGUAGCAUUUGCAUUUGGGAUUUUGAAUAUGCCAUGUGUGCAUUAAAGAGUGUAACGGAUUGUAUACAAGAUGAAUGAGUCUGUUUUGCCUCUUAUGACAGGAUGAUUUUUAAAGUGUUUUGGGCAUCUUACAACUGAAGUAUUGUUUGCAGACCACCAUAAUACCAUAGAAUAAGAUAACAGGAGUAGUUAUCAUCAAGGUCCUACAAGCUGCAUCCUCCCACAUCAAGAUGUUUGUGUGUGACCACAUGUGUCUUCAAACCUAUUGUUUAUAAUCCCCUAUUCAUUGUCAACCCAACUGGAACAUUUGACAUUUAAUGAAUCUUAUAUAAUUCUUCAAUUUCUGGUUCUCAGCAGACAGGAUUUGAGAAACAUUCGAGUUCUCAAAUUGUUUGACUUCAAAACCUUGAUCAUUGUUUACCAUUAACAACGCAUUUUUCUAAUGACCUUGUACUGCGCCGUAUGAACUCAUGUGCUCGCCGUAGUUGUUGGUGUCCGUUUGCUAGUUAGCUUGCCCUCUUCGCAGUGGUAAGCGCUGUAAAAUGUUCUUACUACCUGUUUGUGUUGAAUUAUAAAAAUGUCUGCGAAAGCAACAGGAACCAGAGGGUUUUAUUUCAAUACUGUCUUGUCCUUGGCGCGCUCUUUGGCCGCACACCGCCCUGCGCCAAUAGAUAAGGUCCAGAAGCUACAAUGCAUGUGUCCAGUAGAUUUCCGAGGGGUGUUCCAGCUGGACGAGAGAAGGAGGGAUGCGGUCAUAGCUCUGGGCAUCUUCCUGGUCGAGUCGGACCUACAGCACAAAGACGCUAUCAUUCCCUACCUGUUGGGGCUGCUGAAGGGACUUCCCAGAGUUCAAUGGAUCGAAGAAAGCUCUGGAAGCAAGGGACUUGAGAUCCUGCCGGUAGCAGAGAACUUCUGCUUCUGUCUGGGCACUCUUCUAUCUGACGUUGCCCAGCGAGAUAACACCUUGCGAGGACAGAUCCUGGAGGCCAUCAUGGACAUAAUGCAGGUCCUGCUGGACAUCUGCCUGGACCCAGAGAGCCAUGAUAAAGAAUACCUGUGCCGGUACACUGUGCCCUGCCUGUUGGGUGUGGCCCGGGCCUUUGGUCGCUAUAGCAACACUGAGGAGCCCCUGCUGUCCAAGCUAUUUCCGCGGGCGGGAGCCCCGCUCCUGUCCGGUGCCGAGGAGGCUGACCCGUCACGACGGCGCUCCUUCAACGACUUCCGCUCCAUCAUGCCGGCCUCGCUGCUCACAGUUUGUCAGGGAGACACCAUCAGGCGCAAAGGAAGCUCCGUGUCCAGCAUAUCACAGCAGGCCAGUCCAGAGAGAGCAGGACUGACCCUCAGCUGCCCAGCUGAUCCAUCUGCACAGUACUUUGAAGGUUCCUAUCUCCCUGAUGGUAGUGCUGUGGACCCAGACUAUUACUUCUCCACCAUCAGUUCUAGUUUCUCUGUGUCUCCUCUGUUUACGGGUAGUGCCCAGGGAGAGUUUGACGUCCCUCUGGACAUUCUGCGCCAGCUCCUCAACAUGGUUGAGCAGUUUGUUGCUGAAUCCUUUCUGAAAACACUGGAUGACACCCUGCAGGAGCUUCUGGAGUUGAACCCAGGUAUGCACCUGCACUACAGGACCUUCAGUGAUCCUCUGUAUGUGACCAUCUUCAAGAUGCUCAGAGACACGCUGUACAACCUGAAAGACCUGCAGACGGGCUAUGUGAAGGAGGUUCAUGACUUUGUCCUGGAGCAGUUCAGUAGUAGCCAGUCGGAGCUGCAGAGGAUCCUACAUGACGUGGAGUACCUCCACAGUGAGCUGAGUCCUCUGAAGCUCCGCUGCCAGGCGAACGCUGCCUGUGUUGACCUCAUGGUCUGGGCCGUCACUGAGGAGCAGGGAGCUGAGAACCUGUGUACCAAGCUGUCAGAGAAACUGCAGUCCAAGACAUCCAGUAAAGUUAUCAUCGCUCACAUGCCCCUGCUCGUCUGCUGUCUACAGGGUCUGGGUCGUCUGUGUGAGCGGUUCCCGGUGGUGGCCCACUCUGUCACCAUGUCUCUCAGAGACUUCCUGGUGGUCCCCUCUCCUGUCCUGGUCAAGCUGUACAAGUACCACAGCCAGUACACCACAGGGACAGGCGAGGUCAAGAUCCACGUGACCAAUGAGCACUCCCAGUCUACGUUCAGUGCUCACGCUAAUAAGAAGAGCCAGCCCUCCAUGUACGAACAGCUCCGAGACAUCUCCAUAGACAACAUCUGCAGCUGUCUGAAGGCUGGUCUGACUAUGGACAGUGUUAUAGUGGAGGCUUUCCUGGCCAGCCUGUCCAACCGUCUCUACAUCUCUCAGGAGAAUGACAAAGAGGCCCACCUGAUCCCAGACCACACCAUCAGAGCCCUGGGUCACAUCGCGGUGGCUCUGAGGGACACGCCCCGCGUCAUGGAGCCCAUCCUGCAGAUCCUACAGCAGAAGUUCUGCCAGCCGCCGUCACAGCUAGACGUACUCAUUAUAGAUCAGCUGGGAUGCAUGGUCAUCACUGGGAAUCAAUAUAUCUACCAGGAGGUGUGGAACCUGUUCCAGCAGAUCAGUGUGAAGGCCUCCUCCAUGGUCUACUCCACCAAGGACUACAAGGACCACGGAUACAGACACUGUUCCCUGGCGGUGAUCAAUGCGUUAGCAAACAUAGCAGCUAACCUGGCCGCAGAGCAGAUGGUAGAUGAGCUGCUGGUCAACCUACUGGAGCUGUUUGUCCAGCUGGGACUGGAGGGCAAGAGGGCCAGCGAGAGGGCCCCGGACAAGGGCCCUGCACUGAAGGCGUCGAGCAGUGCUGGGAACCUUGGAGUGCUGAUUCCUGUUAUUGCCGUGCUGACAAAGCGUCUGCCGCCCAUCAAGGAAGCGAAGCCUCGCCUGCAGAAGCUGUUCAGAGACUUCUGGCUCUACUCUGUGGUGAUGGGCUUCGCUGUUGAGGGAUCAGGUCUGUGGCCAGAGGAGUGGUAUGAGGGAGUGUGUGAGAUCGCCACCAAGUCUCCCCUCCUCACUUUCCCCAGUGGAGAACCCCUACGCUCUGAACUACAGUACAACUCUGCCCUGAAGAACGACACUGUCACAGCUGCGGAGCUGAAUGACCUGAGGAGCACCAUUAUAAACCUGCUAGAUCCUCCUCCUGAGGUGUCUGCUCUCAUCAACAAACUAGACUUUGCCAUGUCGACCUACCUACUGUCUGUCUACAGGCUGGAGUACAUGAGGAUGCUGCGUGCUCUAGACUCUGACCGUUUCCAGGUGAUGUUCCGCUACUUUGAGGACAGAGCCAUCCAGAAGGACAAGUCUGGUAUGAUGCAGUGUGUGAUAGCCGUUGGGGACAAAGUGUUUGAGGUCUUCCUACAGAUGAUGGCUGAGAAGCCGAAGACUAAAGCCCACGAGGAGGAGUUGGAGCGCCACGCUCAGUUCCUAUUGGUCAACUUCAACCACAUCCACAAGAGGAUCCGUAGGGUGGCCGACAAAUACCUGUCAGGUCUGGCCGAAACGUUCCCCCACCUGCUGUGGAGUGGCCGCGUACUGAAGACAAUGCUGGACAUCCUGCAGACCCUCUCCCUCUCCCUCGGCGCGGACAUCCAUAAGGACCAGCCGUACUACGACAUCCCGGACACCCCCUACAGGAUCACUGUACCAGACACAUACGAGGCCAGAGAGAGCAUAGUGAAGGACUUUGCUGCUCGCUGUGGGGAGAUCCUGAAAGAAGCCAUGAAGUGGGCCCCCUCUGUCACCAAGUCACACCUACAGGAGUACCUGAACAAGCAUCAGAACUGGGUGUCAGGUCUGUCCCAGCACACUGGCCUGGCCAUGGCUACAGAGAGCAUCCUGCACUUCGCUGGCUACAACAGACAGAGCACGACGCUAGGGAUCACCCAGCUGACAGAGAGGCCAGCCUGUGUGAAGAAGGACUACUCCAACUUCAUGGCCUCACUCAACCUGAGGAACCGCUAUGCUGGAGAGGUGGCAGGUAUGAUUCAUUUCAUUGAGGCGGUGCGUAGCCAGUCAGACCUGUCCACCCUGAUGGUCAGACAGAUGACAGAGGCUCUUGACACUCAGAACCCUGAGGCCUUCACUGAGAACAUGUUCAAACUGGCUGCUCUGCUCAUCAGCACUAAAGAGUGUGAUCCUCAGCUGCUGCACCACCUGUGUUGGUCUCCUCUGAAGAUGUUUACAGAGCACGGCAUGGAGACGGCUAUCGCCUGCUGGGAGUGGCUGCUGGCUGCUCGCACUGGAGUAGAGGUCCCGUUCAUGCGUGAGAUGGCGGGAGCGUGGCAGAUGACAGUGGAGCUGAAGAUGGGCUUGUUCUCUGAUGCUCAGGUGGAGGCUGAUCCCCUAGCAGCCUCAGAGGAGAGUCAGCCUGUCCCCUGUCCCCCCGACGUCACCCCUCACUGCAUUUGGAUAGAGUUCCUGGUUCAGAGGUUUGAGAUAGCAAAAUAUUCCAGUGAAGACCAGGUGGAGAUAUUCGGGAGCCUAUUACAACGCUCGCUCUCCCUCAAUGUAGGCGGGGCCAAGAGCAGCCUCAACCGCCACGUGGCCGCCAUCGGACCUCGCUUUAGGCUCCUAACUCUGGGUCUAGCACUGCUCCAUUCUGACGUAGUCACCAACGCCACCAUCAGAAAUGUCCUCCGAGAGAAGAUCUACUCCACCGCCUUCGACUACUUCAGUGCUCCUCCUAAGUUCCCUACUCAGGGGGACAAGCGUCUCCGCGAGGACAUCAGCUUCAUGAUCCGUUUCUACGCCAGCAUCCUGUCGGACAAGAAGUACCUGGCGGCGUGCCAGCUGGUUCCUCCCGGUGAGCUAGGCGCCGUGCCCACCCCCAGCACCCUCUCUGCCGGGAUAUUCGGAUCACUAAUCGUGUCCAGCACUUCUCCGAUAUCGAUGCUAAACAACCAGGACCCGUCUUUGAACAGUCUCUCUGUGAUGACGGCCCAGGACCCCAGGAGCACCAUGUCUCAUGACUCCAGCUCCCGCUCCCAGCAGAGUGGCCAGAGUGGCUGGAUCAACACCUACCCUCUGUCCUCUGGCAUGUCCACCGCCUCCAAGAAGUCAGGCAUGUCUAAGAAGAGUAACAGAGGGACUCAGCUCCAUAAGUACUACAUGAAGCGCCGGACCCUGCUGCUGGCCUUACUGGCCAGUGAGAUUGAGCGGUUGACUACCUGGUACAACCCUCUGUGUACCCAGGAGUUGGCCAUCGCUACAGAACAGUCAGUGGAGACCAGCAUCGCCAACUGGAGGUCCAAGUACAUCAGCCUCAGUGAGAAACAGUGGAAAGACAAUGUCAACCUGGCCUGGAGUAUAGCUCCUUAUCUGGCUAUGCAGCUACCUGCCAGGUUUAAGAACGAUGCGAUCGUGGCUGAGGUGACCCGGCUGGUGAGGCUGGACCCUGGAGCGGUCAGCGACGUACCUGAGGCCGUCAAGUUCCUGGUGACGUGGCACACCAUUGAUGCAGACUCUCCAGAGCUGAGUCAUAUCCUGUGUUGGGCUCCUGCUGACCCUCCCACCGGCCUGUCCUACUUCUCCUCCAUGUACCCCCCGCACCCCCUCACCGCUCAGUACGGGGUCAAAGUACUACGGUCGUUUCCUCCGGAUGCCAUCCUGUUUUACAUUCCUCAGAUAGUUCAGGCCCUGCGCUAUGACAAGAUGGGCUAUGUGAGAGAGUACAUCCUGUGGGCGGCCCAGAAGUCUCAGCUGUUGGCCCACCAGUUCAUCUGGAACAUGAAGACGAACAUCUACCUGGACGAGGAGGCACACCACAAAGACCCCGACAUCGGGGAUCUGUUGGAGGAGAUGGUUGAGGAGAUAAUAGGUGCUCAGUCUGGUGCAGCUAAAGACUUCUUCCAGAGAGAGUUUGACUUCUUCGACAAAAUCACCAACGUAUCUGCAAUCAUUAAGCCCACCCCAAAGGGAGAUGAGAGGAAGAGGGCCUGUCUCAAGGCUCUGUCUGACAUCAAAGUCCAGCCAGGCUGCUAUCUGCCCAGUAACCCAGAGGCCAUCGUACUAGACAUCGACUACAAGUCUGGAACACCCAUGCAAAGUGCUGCCAAGGCCCCGUACCUAGCUAAGUUCAAGGUGAAGCGUUGUGGGGUCAGUGAGCUGGAGAAGGAGGGUCUGCGUUGUCAGACUGACUCCCAGGACGUGGAGGACAGCGAAGAAGUAGCUCGCAGGAUCGUCUGGCAAGCUGCCAUCUUUAAAGUGGGCGACGACUGCAGACAGGACAUGCUGGCUCUCCAGAUCAUUGGUCUGUUUAAGAACAUCUUCCAGCUGGUGGGACUGGAUCUGUUUGUGUUUCCCUACAGAGUGGUGGCUACUGCCCCCGGGUGUGGUGUGAUCGAGUGUAUCCCAGACUGUAAGUCCCGUGACCAGCUGGGCAGACAGACGGACUUUGGGAUGUACGACUAUUUCAGGAACCAGUACGGAGAUGAGUCCACUCUGGCCUUUCAGAAGGCGAGGUACAACUUCAUCCGUAGUAUGGCAGCCUACAGCCUGCUGCUCUUUCUGCUGCAAAUCAAAGAUAGACACAACGGGAACAUCAUGCUGGACAGCAAGGGACACCUCAUCCACAUAGACUUUGGCUUCAUGUUUGAGAGUUCUCCUGGUGGUAACCUGGGCUGGGAGCCGGACAUCAAGCUGACUGAUGAGAUGGUGAUGAUCAUGGGAGGCAAGAUGGAAGCCACUCCUUUCAAAUGGUUCAUGGAGAUGUGUGUCAGGGGGUACCUGGCUGUCAGGCCCUACAUGGACGCGGUGGUGUCUCUGGUCACUUUGAUGCUGGACACUGGACUACCAUGCUUCAGAGGACAGACCAUCAAACUGCUCAAGCAGCGGUUCAACCCCAGUAUGAGUGAGAAGGAGGCGGCUGCUUACAUCAUCAAGGUCAUCCAGAGCUGCUUCCUCAGCAGCAGGAGCAAGACCUACGAUAUGCUGCAGUAUUACCAGAACCAGAUCCCAUACUAAAGACCUGCUGCAGUUUUAUCACAUACUUGGACCUGUCUGAUAUGAGUCCUUAUUCCCUAUAUAUGCAGUAACCUCUGCUUUUUAUCCUGUCUGUAAGGUCAGAGGUUGUCCUGUACAAAGUCAUUCUCUUCAGCUAGCUAGCAUCAAGCAUCUUGUGCACUUUAUAGAUCAUCGUAUUUCACCCACCUGAUUGGACCCUGAUCAAGAGUUGUUACACCAGACUAGAGAAUUCACACUAACCUAUCAAUCAACUAACCAACCAACUAACCAGUCGAUUCCUGCGAAAGGCAAUCACACAACUGGUUACUGAACUCCAAUACAAUCAGCAAAUCUCACGGUCAUAAUACAUAUCACAUAUCAAUCAUAUACUGUGUGUGUGUGUGUGUGUGUGUGUGUGUGUGUGCGGGUGUCUUUAGUAGUCAAAAGCGAUAAGAGUAGAUCUUCUCUCGGGGGACAUUUCUAAUGGUGGCGCUAGUGACUAUAUCUGUCUUGAGUCAAUAACAUUGUGUGUGUGUGUGUGUGUGGACUUGUUUAACUAUUCUUGUGGGGACCAGUAUUCCCCAAAAGCAUAGUAGUCCCCACAAGAAUAGUAAUCAAACAAAUAUUUGACCAACUGGGGACAUUUUGUUAGUCCCCACAAGGUUUAAUGCUAUUUCUAGGGGAGUUAGGAGCUAGGGUUAAUUUUAGGGUUAAGAUAAGAGUAGGGGUUAGGGAAAAUAGGAUUUUGAAUGGGACUGAAUUGUGUCCCCACAAGGUUAGCUGUACAAGACUCUGUGUGCGCGCGUAUCAGCUCCAAGGUGGUUGGGUCCAGUCUAGGAUAAACCAAUGUUGUUUGUUUACCUACUAACCUACUAACUCUGCAUGUCUCAAGACCAGACCUUUACUAGUAUUAACAUCUUACAUGGAUUUAGUAGCUGUCUUAAACGUGUGUGAUUUCUAUUUGGAGACAUUCCUCUUUCUGUACAAAGAAAGAUUUUCACCUUCAACCCUCUACUUGAAUCUCCAGGAUUUGGGUUUAGUAUUUUGAUGAUGGUAGUGAUGAUAAUGAUAACUAUGAAGACCCAAAAAGCCAUUUCUCUAAUCCUUGGCACAAACAGAAGUGUAAUUACAUAACUACUCUCCUCCUCUGUUAUGCAAGAUGUUACCGUCUUAAUGUGUGUCAACAUAUGAGAGUGCUGUCAUUAUCCCUUCAGAAACCCUGCUGUCGUGUUGUAUUAAAUGUUCUGCCUUUAUGGAGAUGUUUUCCUUGAUAGUCUGUAAAGAUAAUGAAUCUUACAUCUGUUUAUCAUUUUAGACUAGAAUGGUAUGUAUUAUAUUUGUUCUGAAUGGAUAUGUUAUAAUUAACUUAAGGGUAUUUUACUUGGAUGUAUAAGAUGAAAUAUCCUAUGUAUGUAUUACAGAUUUGUAAUAUGAAGGAAAUUACGGAGUGUUUGUGAUAACUAACAAGACACGCAUUUCAGACCAAUAAGAGCUGUUACAUUAUUAACCCCUAGUUGUACAAGCCUGAGUCCAUUGCUGUAGUCUUUAGAUUGGACUAUUGUCGUUUGAUUUAAUGUUUGUUUUAUACUGUCCUCUGUUGUCAGCCACUGUCUGCACCUUUUUGUGGUUUCAGGUCUAAGUUCUACCAUAUCAAUCCCUCUGUGUGUGCACGUUUCCAGAAUCUUAGUAGAGAGCACAUUACAGCCCCCCCCCCAUGUAUAACUGUGAUUGAGUGCUGAAACAUAAACCCCAGUUGCAGCUACAAA